AUGAGUUUGCACGCUUCACUUACGUCCAACAAGUCGCGAAUAUUCUCUAGCGAAUGCGACGCUUGCACACAUGUAAACGAGAUAAGACUGUACUGUGUAAACUGCAAUGAAACGGUGUGCGAUAGCUGCUUAAUUAACGGCAGUCACCGGAAUCACAGAUAUCUAACUUUGCAGGAUGCUGUCAAAAAUCAGUUGGAAAAAAUUAAAGACCAGUCAAAGAAGGUGAAAACUAACGUGAAGAAAUUUCAUGAUAUUAACGAAAUUGUUUUAAGAGCUGAAAAGGAAGUACAGCUAAUGUAUGAUAAAACAAAAAAAAACAUAACAGCCCAGUACAGUGAGCUCCAGACACUGUUGGAGCAGAAUCAUGAGCAAGCUUUCCUGUUACUGGAAGCUGAGAGAGGAUCUGUGGAAUAUACUCUGUCUCGGCUUGCUGAGGAUGGAGACUGUUAUCAACAGUACUCAAUGGACAUGCAGGAGAACAUAAAGACGCUCAGGAUGAAAGAGAAGACUGAAAGCCCUACCAGUUUGCUGGAGGAAAUCAAUGCACUGGAAAUGAGCCUGGAGACCAUGGAGGAGUAUUAUUUCACUCUGAACGAGAAGUUGAACUCUCAUGGCGUAAGGUUGAAGGCUAUGCAGGAUUCUGUCCAAAAACUAUUCAAGAAGAAUGAAAAGAUACUGCCACGGCCAUGGGAAUUCUCAAAGGCCAUCACCUUUGAUCCAGAUGAAAAACACAAAGACCUGACAAUCUCGGAGGACAAAACCCAGGUUUUUCUUAGAGGCUCCUCCACCAAGCACUCAAAGGAUCGCAGAGCAGCAUCAGCCAACAUCCUGGCAUCUCAGUCCUUCACCACAGGAAAGCAUUACUGGGAGGUGGAUGUAGGUGGCAGCCAGAACUGGUCAGUUGGUGUCGCAGUGCACAAUAAGAUUAAAAAUGGAGUUGAUUAUUAUCUGGGCAACAACAAAAGAUCCUGGGUACUGGAAUCAGAUGAAGGAGAUUUGAGGGCGCGUCACGACAAUAACGUCAGCAUUGUUAAGGAGGCCAGCGUGCAGAGGCUGGGUGUGUUUGUGGACUGUGAUAAGGGUAGAGUGAGGUUCUAUGAUGUCAGUACAGGCAACGUUUUACACACGUUCAUUAUCCGGUUCAAGGGGGCGGUGUGCCCUGCCUUCAGCCUCAGGGACCAGGCCUAUAGCACUGCACAGCUGCAUAUCUGUAGGCUGACUCCCAGAGAUGUGCAUUAUGCCAGUCGGGAAGGGUCAAUAGACUCCGGGACUUAUGACAUGAAUGAUGUGGGACAUAGAGGAUCUACAGAUACAAGUCUAUAG